AAGAUGCGUCGAUUAGUUUAUUAAAACUUUCGCAAUAAUGGUUGUUCUUUCUGUUGGCUCAACAGAACAGCAAGUUAGUAGUAUUAACUUUUAUGCUGGUGUUUACUGUUUAUGGAGGAUCAUCUGUUGAGUCUGUGUUGUGUGUUAGCAUUGUAUAGAGUAACGGCGUACAACAAGACAACAGCAUCGAGGAUCCAAGAUCCAGCAUCAGCAUCACCAACCAAUACAACAACUUACAGCAACUAACUAAGAACAACAAGAGUGAGGAGUACUAUCAAAAGAGCAUUCCCGAAAAACCGGAUCGCCGAUAAUUAAUUGCCAUUGGGUGGACAGAAUACCAAGAGAAAUUAACGAACAAUCGCAGAGGAAGACAAGCACGAAAAAUUAGAGUCUAAAUCAUUAAGAUGAAUAUAAUAAAUUUGGUUCUUACCUUGACAAUAAUUGGAAGUACUGCUGGAACCAAUGAAAGUGAACAUCGAUUUCCUGAUGACUUUAUUCUCGGAGCUGCUACGUCGGCUUACCAAAUUGAAGGAGCCUGGAAUGUUUCAAACAGAGGUGAAUCGAUUUGGGACAGAAUGAUCCACUAUAAGCCACAGAAAAUUGCCGAUAGAAGUAAUGGAGAUAUUGCUGAUAAUUCUUACUAUCAAUACAAAGAGGACAUUGAACUAAUUCAACAGAUUGGAGCAAACGCUUACAGAAUUUCUUUAUCUUGGCCAAGAAUUCUGCCGAAUGGUUUCAAUAAUUCGGUAAACAGGGAAGGAAUCCAAUACUACAAUAAUGUAAUAGAUGAAAUGCUUGAGAAAAAUAUCACGCCGUUUGUUACAAUUUACCACUGGGAUUUGCCUCAAAAGCUCCAAGAUUUGGGUGGGUGGGAGAAUCCAGAAAUUUCUAAUUGGUUUGUCGACUACGCGAGAGUUGUCUUCAGUGAGUUCGGAGAUAGGGUGAAGCAUUGGAUAACCAUCAAUGAGCCGAAUAUUUUUUGUAUCUUCGGUUAUCAUAGCACAGAUGCCCCCGGACUUGAUAAAUCUGGACGAGGAGAUUACACUUGUGGUCACAAUGCUUUGCUUACUCAUGCUAAAACGUACAAAAUGUACCAAGACGAAUUCAAAAAUCAGCAAGGUAAACUCGGAUUCGUACUGUCAUUCAGUUGGGUAGUUCCACAAAACCCCGACGAUCCUGAGGAAGUAGCUGGAGCUAAAUUAUCAUGGCAGUUUUGGUACAGCUGGUUUUUACACCCGAUUUUUUCUAAUGAAGGCGACUACCCUCGAGAAAUGAAAGAACGAAUCGCUAACUACAGUUCUAUUCAAGGAUUUUCUCGGUCACGAUUGCCUCAAUUCACUGAAAAUGAGAUAACGUUGGUUAAAAAUUCAGCAGACUACUUAGGAUUCAAUUUCUACACAGCUCGAUACGAAACUAAAUUAACUGAUUAUGAUAUCAAUAACGUAUCUUUUCAGCACGAUAUUGGAAUGAUUCCAAUUGAUAAAGCUUUUACCAAAGAUCGAUGUACUCCAUGGGCCAUGUCAAAGGCAAUGAGACAUAUCAAUAAAGAGUUCAUUAUUCCGGAAUUUUACAUCACUGAAAAUGGCUACUGGGACGUGGGGGGUUUAAACGACGUGAAUCGAGCGGAAUACUAUCUCCUUCAUCUCACUGAAGUCACGAAAUUGCUUAAUGAAGGACUAAAUAUUCGCGGAUACUUCGCUUGGUCACUUCUAGACAAUUUUGAAUGGAGUUAUGGCUACACGCAAAAAUUUGGAAUUAUUUCCGUUAAUUUCAUGGAUCCAAAACGAGCGCGAACUCCUAAAUUGUCAUCGAAACUCAUAACUCAAAUUUAUAAAUCUAAAAUUGUUCCUUUGUCUUUUUCAACUACCAUCAACAUAACUACUAUUAAUUUAUCACAAAAAGGAGAAUCAAUUUGGGACAGAAUGAUUCAUCAGAAUCCGCAUGCAGUAAAUGAUAUGAUCAAUACCGACGUUGCGACAAAUGCUUACAAUAUGUACAAAACCGACAUUAAUCUCAUCAAACAAAUUAACGGAAAUUCCUACAGAAUAUCAAUAUCAUGGUCGAGGAUCUUGCCUUCAGGUUUUAGUGAUUAUAUUAAUUUUGAAGGAAUACAAUAUUACGGAAAUGUGAUCAAUGAAAUGAUAGAGCAAAAUAUAACACCUGUAGUCACAAUUUACCACUGGGAUUUACCUCAAAAAUUACAAGAGCUAGGAAGAUGGACGAAUCCUCUGUUCGUCAACUGGUUUGUCGAUUACGCCAAAGUUCUCUUCACCGCAUUCGGAGAUCAGCUACAACGGAGACUUUGCACCUGGAUUCAAUCAAUCUGGCAUUGGGGAUUAUCUAUGUGGUCAUCACGCUUUAAUAGCUCACGCCAAAACCUACCGGAUGUGUCACCAAGAAUUUCGUCAGCAGCAAAAUGGUUACAUAGGAAUCGAAUUAUUUUUAACAUGGCAACUAUACCCGAACAUGCAAAUGAAACUACAGAAGUUCAUGGAGCGUCCUUGUCUUGGGAGUUUUGGAACAGUUGGUUCCUACAUCCGAUUUUUAGAAAGCACGGUGACUACUUACAUACUAUGAAGCAUCGGGUACACGAACUAAGUCGCAAGCAGGGAUUUUCACAAUCGCGAUUGCCGCAUUUUACGAAGAACCAAAUUAGUAUAAUUCAAAAUUCAGCAGAUUUUUUGGGAAUUAGUUUUGAUCAUUCAGUGACUAUUAAAAAAUUGCCUCAUCAUCUCAAUAAAAGUGUUUCUUUUAUGGAGGAUACAAGAAUGACAUCAAUUUUUUCAGCAACGCCUAAGGCUAAACUUACGCCUAUAGACAUGGCAAAAGCGAUAAAACACGUGUUAAAACCGUACAAAAGUAUUCCGUCCAUCAUUAUCACCAAAAGUGGUUACGAAGAUAAUGGAGAGUUACACGAUAAACACCGAGCGAUUUUUUAUCACCACACUCUUUAUCACGUACUAAAACUCAUUUCUGAGGGAGUUAAUAUUCGGGGGUAUUUUGCCUGGUCGCUCACUGACAUUUUUGAAUGGACCAGAGGCUACUCCAAAAGAUACGGAAUUUUUUCUAUCAACUUUACAGAUCCUGAAUUGCAUAGAACACCAAAAUUAUCUUCGAAACUAAUAACUGAAAUUUAUAAAAAUAAAUCCGUCGAGCAUUCUUUUACUCUUGUUAUCUAAAAUGUUUUUUAUAUUCAAUCAAGUAAAAAAAAAAAUGUAUUUUUAAUUGCAAAAUUAAAUUCUUUAAACACAGUAAUUAGAUGUACAACACAUAAAUAGAAGUAAUUACCAUAAAAAAUCAA